GCCUCUUCCGGCCCACCGCGCUGCCUCCGCGUGUGGCAGACGCGCUAGUGGCUUUAACUCCUGGGCUUGGCGACCGGAGAGGGGCCAUGGCGGCGGAGGUGUUGCCGAGCGCGAAGUGGCUGUACUGUGGGGAGCCCGACGAAAGCCAGAGAGCUGUCCUGGUUCAGUUCUCCAAUGGGAAGCUGCAGAAUCCAGAUAACAUGCGCUUUAGCUUGUACAAGAACAAGGACUCCACCAAUCCCAGGAAGAAGAGCCAGCGGAUCCUGGCAGCUGAAACAGACAGACUUUCCUACGUGGGAACCAAUUUUGGGACUGGAGCACUCAAAUGCAACACUCUGUGCAGACACUUUGUGGGAAUUUUGAACAAGACCUCUGGCCAAAUGGAAGUAUAUGAUGCUGAAUUAUUCAACAUGCAGCCACUGUUUUCAGAUGAAUCAGUGGAGAGUGAAUUGACACCAGAGAGUGAGAGCAAAACCUUUAGAGAUAAGAUGGACUCUUGCAUUGAAGCCUUCGGUACCACCAAACAGAAGCGGGCUCUGAACUCCAGGAGAAUGAACAGAGUUGGCAAUGAAUCUUUGAAUCGUGCAGUAGCUAAAGCCGCAGAGAGUAUUAUUGAUACAAAGGGUGUGACCGCUCUGGUCAAUGAUGCCCUCCACGAUAACUUGCAAGACGACUCCCUCUGCCUUCCUCCCUGCCACGCGGAUGCAGCCAAGCCUGAAGAUGUGUACAAAUUUGAAGACCUUCUUUCCCCUGCGGAGUAUGAAGCUCUUCGGAGCCCAUCUGAAGCUUUCAGGAAUGUCACAUCAGAAGAAAUACUGAAGAUGAUCGAAGAGAACAGCCACUGCUCCUUUGUCAUAGAAGCGUUGAAGUCCUUGCCAUCAAAUGAGGAGAGCCGAGACCGCCAGGCCCGGUGCAUAUGGUUUCUGGACACACUCAUCAAGUUCCGAGCACAGAAAGUGAUUAAGCGGAAAAGUGCCCUGGGACCUGGAAUUCCACACAUCAUCACCACCAAACUGCUGAAGCACUUCACCUGCGUGACCUACAACAAUGGCAGUUUACGCAACUUAAUUUCCGAUUCCAUGAAGGCAAAGAUCAUUGCGUAUGUGAUCGUACUCGCCUUGCAUAUAAACGACUUCCAGAUUGACCUGACGUUGUUACAGAGGGACCUGAAGCUCAGUGAGAAAAGGAUGCUCGAGAUAGCAAAGGCCAUGAGGCUGAAGAUCUCUAAGCGAAAGGUGUCUCUGGCAGCCGGCGGGGAGGAGGAGCACAGACUGGGUACUCUGUGCAUCCCGCUGCCUCCAGCGCAGACCUUGGACCGCCAGUCAAAGCGGAGGAGACUCACGUAGAGGUGUGCUUUCCAGACAGAAGCUUGGCCACACAACAGCCACUUCCUCUGUUCAUUUCCAUUUUCAUUUUUUAAAAGGGGGAAAAGAAGCCUUGCUCUGGCAUGGGUAUGAAGCCACAAGCCAGCCUCUCAGUCAUGCUUGUCUUAAGCAAAAACAUAAAGUGACCACCAUAUUGGACUUUGUCUCCCUCCUUCAGUGUUGCUGUGAUUAUAAAUGGCAGAUGGUUCUUGUGUUGUUUCACAUGUGGCGAUGUGGGAGGUGGGGCUUGGGAAGCCAGAGCCAAAAGAUCUCCCAGAAAACAAAUUGUACCACAUGAUCUUAAGAAGAAAGGAGCUGAAUACAUGGGUAAGCUGUAAAGUUGUUAGAGGGGUGCAGGAGUGGGAAUCAGGAGGUUGCCAUCAGAAGUGCUCAGUUCAGAACACACUGCUGGGUUGCCAUCCAGGCAUCAAGAAACCACUCCACCCCACAACUGCUUGAAUUCAUGAAGCUGUGACUGGACACCGAGUUCAGCCACCCACGCUUUUAAUACCCACAUUCCCACCCCCUUGCUGGUCAGCACAAGUAACCAAAAGAUCAAGAAGCUGCUUUCCAUGUUGCUUCCUUCUGUGAGUGCUUAUGUAGGAACCUAAUUUGCAUCCAGAAUCCUAACAGCAGGGGAGUCUUGAAAAUAGGUUUCAGCUCUCCAGCUUCUAGUUACAGAAAGGCAUACUUGAAGGAGAUGGGAAUGGAUUCUGUCUGCCCCAGGGGAGAUGGAGAAGUCAGUGUCCUGAGGGGUGCUGUGAGGAAUGGGAAUGUGAUAUGGAGGCUUGGGUAUGUGGCUAACAUUCAGACUCAGAUCUUCAAGGCUUUUCUGGGAGCAGCUAAAGUUUGUGGUGCUCAGUGCUGGGGAGCGAGGAGCAGUGAAGGAAGGAAGACAGAAUUCAUCUCUGAAAAUGAGAAAGGGGGAAGUCUAUGCAGCAGCUGGGCCAUCCAUCAGGGAAGAGGGUGGAAAUGAGUCCUAGAUGACUCACUUGACAGGCGGUCCUUGUAUUUCUUCGAGCUCUGGGAUGCUGCUAUGAGAGCCCCUUCUGAGCGAGGCCACGCCUACAGUGUGUAUUUUUCAUGCUCUUCUCCGGUUUGUCUCAUUCGUGUCUGAUCCUAGGUAGUGGGCAUUUGUAGCAUAUGUUGUCUCCUGCAGAGGUGUGAGCAGGCAAUCUAAAUGCCGCUUGUGUUUCCUGAUCUAACCUGUUGUGAAAAUCAAGUAUGUGACUCUGCAUUCCUGAUCUGCCUCUGGGAAAAGAACUAAUGUGCUUAUAGGGUAGAAUGUGUUUUCAUGCAUGUUUUUUAGAUUCUGAGGGGCUGUCACUUGGAAUUUCCAGGAAUGAUUGGGUCACAGCAUGUGACCAGGCCUCUGAACAACCUCUGUCUCAGAGGAAGCAGCCUGUCUUCAGUGACUCACAGAGCAGUGGUAUCGAUAGGGAAGAGUCUAGGAUGGCAGGUACUCGUCCUGGGUGACAACAGGUGUAACCUCACUAAAUGUAGGCGGUGCAUUCGCAGAGGCUGAAAAGCACAUUUCUGUAUAUAAGGCGCUGGUGUGUUGAAAGGCUCAAGAGGGUCCUUGUUCCACUUGAACUAGUCUCCUGAAAGCAGCUAGCACAGUGCCUGACGCAGGCAGUGUAUGUAGAAUGAGUCAUAGUUCAUGAACUGCACCUUCUUUCCUUGGCAGGGCUAUUCGGGGGUAAACACUUGCAGAAUAAUGGAAUCGUAUUUAUUUUUUUAUAGUUCUAAAAAACCAUUUGUUUACUAAUAAAUCCACAGUGGAUAUCUUGAUCUCACCAAGUGUCCUGCCAUAAGGUCUCCUGCUGUCCUCUUUGAAGAAAGGGAGGCUGUGGGCUAGAAUCGUACCCUUAAUAAGACUUGCAGU